AUGGUAGGCCUGGGCGCCGCACACUCUACAAUGAUGGACGAUGUUCACACUGCCCACAAGGCCGUCGCGACUCACUACAGCUUCCACCCCCGCAGCAUGUGCUUUUUUCUUCAUGAAAACGGUUUCUUGUCCGCACGUGAUCUUGCCAAUGGCGAUCUAAUCUGGAUGACAGACACCCACGGCACCGCAGUGGAUACGAAAUUCGACGCAACCCCAUCGAGCCAUACCAUCUUAAAUGAUCCCUUUGCCUUGCCAUUUAUUGUCAAGGGAAACCGUCUUUUCACACGAAUCCCAAAUCAUCACAAACAUAGCUCCCCAUCUUUCCAAUCAACGAAAGAUGGGAUGCCAAAUAUGCCAACAGAUGCGUCAUACAACGGUGAUGCAAAUCGUUCAAAAGGAGCGCCACGAUUGGAUAGCUAUUCAGAUGAGGAUGGCAUCGACGAAUAUUUCUUUAUGAAUAUCUCCACCCUUUUGCGUCGCUCCCCGAUAAUAGUGAAUGGGACGGAUAUCUACGUCACCACGUCCUUCACUAUUGCUGACAUAGAUAUUAACACCGGUGAUUACUUUUUAAUCUCAUCCUCGGACCCCAGAUUCGACAACAAGUUCGCUCACGGCUCGCAAGGAUUCUUCUCCAAGUUUGGGAACGGCAUCCCUUCGAAACGGCAUUCCACUCCGUCUGAAGACCAACCCACGAGGGACGGGGAGGCGGUUGGGAGGGGGAAAUUUAGGUACGUCCCUGCUAAUCCCCCACUCCCUCGCAACCCCUUCUUACCGAUGUUGCACAUGGUUCGCUAUAAUAUUCACAUCCACGCGUACAAGCUGGGCGCCUACAAGUGGUCCACCACCUUAACGCAAGUCCGAUUUACCGAACGCAGCCUUUCCCACAUUUCGGGGAGCCCUUCCGAGGAGCACAACCCGCGGUUUCUUUCGCAUAUGAUUCAGGAUCUUUUUCAGUCGGGCGACAGCCUCGAGAGAAAAUGUGGCGACACGCAGAUCCUGCAGAUGAAAGAAACCCCUCUGACGAACGAAAAACCGAUGCGCAUGGGCGAUGCUACGGAUAACCGAGGUGGCGCGAACCUAAGCGGCGAUUUUUUUCAACCCCUUCCGACCUCAUCGGCCGGAACCGGAAAGCUGCUCAGCCAAAUCGCCUUUCGGGAAGUCAACGCCACCCACGUUGCGCUGUGGAAUCGCCGGGGUCGGGUGGAUUCCUGGCAAGCCAAGAUCCUUUCCCAACCCACUCCCGACCUCGAUCACGUGAGGAUCGGAAGGGAAGGGGAGAGGGAGGGGUUGCCUGUAACUCUCUCCGCGGACCUCUCACCAAGGGUGGCGGCCCCUCCGAAGAUGGGGUAUCGCAUCGUCAGCGCGUACCUGUGGAUUCGUGGGCAACAUACGAUCCAUCGGACAACGUUGCUGCGAUCCUGCGAGCUGCCCGCGACUCCUCUCAGCCACCCUCGCGCAGCCCUGGGCCGCUCGUUGGAAUCUUAUCCCCGCCAGGGUCAUCUUCUCGGGGUUCGGCCUCAUCGAGAAGGGGGAAUCUCCUCCGAGGCCUACACGGUCUGGGGAGACGACGUCAACGCGGAAAUGGUCGAGGGCGAGGAUCUCGAGAACUACUACAACCACACGAUGGCGUGGUAUAAUGAGAUCUUCUUCCCGUCCGCCAAAAAUCAGCUCUCGGAGGCUUCCCGGAAGAUCUCAAAUGGGAUGGUGAUUUGGGUGACCUGGCGGAUCGUCGUGGCGCUUUCGUUUCACGUCGCGUGUUUCGCGUGUUCGAUCGGCUUCUUCUGCGCGGGCGUUCCACCACGCGGUCGGCUGCAGCGGGCGUGGGCGCAGGCCGAUCGGAAUCGCACCGCCGGGCCGAUUUCGCACCCCCCUUCGACGAGGUUAACCGCGCAGGACCUCGUGGCGUUGCCCUCCCUCGUCGACCCCGUAUGGAAAGAAAGCUCGUCGACGAGGAAUCCCUCGUUAGGGUCCUCCGCGAGGCUGCGGCUGCGGAAUCCGAUAGGCCUCCCUCGCUCACUGCACCCGUCGGAUAGCCUGAUGAGCGAUGAAAGCUCCUGCGGGGGUUCCUCCGCGGCGCGAAACGCCCCCCACGGCAGCUUCCCCGGUGAGAAUCCGAAAUCCCCGGAGAGGCAUGCGGGGCCGCUGUUGAGGCUGACCCCGCUCGCCUCCAGCACGCAAUCCGCGCGGGUGAUUGGGAAAUCGAAGAUCACGAAACAAAGCGAUAACCUCGACGGCUACGAGGAAGGGAAUACGAUCAGCAGUAGCAGCAGCGAUGACGGGUUGGCGGAUCUGCAGGUUUACCUCGAGCGCGCCCGCAUCCACACGCCCUCCCUCCGGACGACCUUAAGCCACUCCAUCACCGACUCCGCCGGGGGGAGUAUUCUGGAUCCUUUACAAACGGGUAACCGGGACGAGAACUCGUCGUCGUUGGAGGGGCGAUUAUUUCAAGAGCAUUUUAAUAUUCUGGAGAAGAUCGGCCACGGCGCGGAGGGCUCCGUCUUUCGCGUGGAGCAUCGCUGGACGCACACGUUAUACGCGAUCAAGGCGAUUCAGGUAGAUGCGCAGGGGCAGGAUCGGGUCGUGCGCGAGGCGGUGCUGCACAGCUCGUUUGAUCACCACAACGUCGUGCGCUUCUUUUUUUGCUGGAUCGAGGACGUCCCGCUCGCCAUCGCGAACGAGCUGCAGUUGCUGGAUCACGACGAUGGGAUGGAUACCAUCUCAAUCACGAACUCGGAUGAUCAAUCCGCGCAGAGCGCCCUUGAGGAUCCGGGCACCCCUCGUGGGGGACCGCAGCUCUCGCAGACCUAUCGAAUGCUUUUCAUCCAGAUGGAGUACUUCCCGCGCGGGACGUUGGCGGAUGUGCUGCGAUCCAGGUGCGGCUUCCGGCGGCUGGAUAACCUGCGCUACAUGAAAAAUAUCGCCGAGGGGCUUUCCUACCUGCACAACGCGCAGAACGUCGUCCAUCGGGAUCUCAAACCCACCAACAUCUUCGUCUCCAAGGAUGAGGUUCUGAAAAUUGGCGACUUCGGACUUGCCAUGCGGCGCGAUCCGGCCUCCAACGGGGCCGCGGGGUGCCCGACGGGCCUCUCCACCGGCGGAGUCGCCAUGAAUCACGAAAGGUCCAUCGCGGCCGGUAGCCCGCUCUACUGCAGCCCUGAACAGAUGCGUGGGGAUGCCGUGAACAAACCAUCGGAUCUUUUCUCCCUCGGCAUCAUCGCGGUAGAGAUGUACUCCUUGUUUAACACGCAGCACGAGCGCAUCCAAGUCCUAACCAAGGCCCGUCAAGGCAUCCUACCGGAUGAGCUCAUUGCGAAUUACCCGGAGGAGGCCAAGCUUUUCAUGGAGAUGCUCAAAGAGAGCCCUUCACAGCGGCCACCAAUACGGAAAGUCAUAAAAAUUCUUAAAAAAAUAUUGUAUGAUGCGGAAGAAGAAAGUGAUGGGUACGACCAGGACUUCAUCACCGCUGAUGUCUCUCUCGUCUACUUGAACUCCUUUGAACCUCAAAGCAGAGUCGUUGAAGCGUAG